AGUCUGAUAAGCUGAAAAAAGAUCUUGAAAAUCUGAUAAUAAAUGGUACAAAUAAACAGAAGAAAGGUGCCAACCAGUUGAAUGAAAAUUUUAAGGGACACUGGGAACGUUUUAAAGAUGUCAAUAUAUUUUGGGAAAAAAUUGAGAUGCACAAAGAAUUGCACCUUCUUGAGGAAAAUGCAUCUAGAUCUAUAAUAAACAAUACAACAAAAGUUCUUGGAACUGCUAUCAAAAACAUCCAUUAUACUAUCGAGAACAUCAAUGAUGCAUUGAUGAACCCAAGAAAACGGACUCCAUUAACACAUGACAUAAUGACCAAAUUUACUCCAGAAAGCAUCAAAAAAGAGUUGGGUCACCAUUUUCAAAUCGUUGAUGAAAAUUCAGAUGCUUUGACAAACUUAUUAAGGUUGCUGAAUGCAACAGAAUUAUGUGGUUACAAGCUAUAUAUUUGCAUUGAUGAAUAUGAUGCUAGCAUUAAUGAAAUUCUUAGAGACGAAACUGUCAUUCAAGAACUCUCCAAUAAUCACAAAAAGGAAAGCAAAACCAAAUCAAUUGAGAGAUUCAAUAUUUCAACAGAUUUAGCGUUAAACGAAGAAUUUUGGGACUUACAUGGAUUCAAGCAGUCAGAAGAAAAUGACGGAUAUUUUUUUAACCCUAAUCAAGCUGAGGGUAUAUUUAACACUGUUCGUAUUCUGUACUGUAUUCAAAUGUUGAUUGGGCAAAUAAAAUUUAUAAGCUACGGUGAAGAUUCUUCAAGCAUUAUCAAAAAAUUUCCUCGUUUCCCCCCUGAUCCGAACACAUUGCCUUCCCAAACAAUAUUGGAAUUAAUUGUCAACAAUCCCCUUGGAAAAUCUAUCCUUACCGAAGCACUCAAUCGAAAUCCUCUCGAAUCAAGAAACGGUAUAGAACAACGAUUUCGUCUCACUAGCAUUUGCGAGCUGGCAACCGACCGCAACCCAGAGGAGGCACUAAAAAUCUACGACUGGAAAGAAGAGGAUUUAAUACCUGUACGAAGUUGCUUACAGAUUUUGGAGGCAGAAUGUGACAUCGAACCGCCCUGCCGAUUUGUAGAGAAAACUCUACUUAAGCCAUUGAAGGACAAUAGUGUUAAACAUUCAAAUGAGGAGGCCUUGAAGCAAUCGUUUAUGGACACUUUAAUUCUCACUCUUCACGCAGAUAUUGAACCAGAAUUUCCGGUAAAUUCUCAGAGCUCUAAUUUAGCUCAAAGUACAUGGCAGGAAGCAACUCAAGUAUCACGAUCAUUGAUGACGAAAACAGAGGAUGAAAUUUUAAGCCUUAAAAUUAGUGGAUCCAUUCUGGCCAAAUCAAAAUUCAGUUCACAAACUACAAUUGCUUUAUCAAGAGAAUUAAAUUCUAAACUUACAGUUGAGAUUACUGAACUUAGAAAAAAGUAUGCUAAGGUUGAGGCUAAGAAUAUAAAGUUAAAGCAAAUUAUAGAAGAGAAUACUGAAUUUAAGACUAGAUUCAAAGAACAAGAUAGGAAACAUAAAACAGAUAUUGCAAACCUUAUAAAUGAGAAUACCGAACUCAAAUCUAGGGUUUCGAAAUUGGAACAAAAGUUAUCACAAAAUGAAGAAGAAAAAGGCGAUCUUAUUUCUUACAAAACUAAUUCUGAGGAUACUCCCGAACAGAUAGAAAAUAUAUCCGACAAUAUUUAUAGUUCUGAUAAUAUUCAAUAUUCUGACGUACGUACUUCAAGUAUUCCAAGGAAUAAUUGGCUAACAUUAAAGGAUCAAUACAUGAAGAAAUUAGAAAGUGUUAGUUAA